AUGUCGGGAGGGCAGCAGCAGUCCCAGACUGGCGACACCGGAGGCGCCACACCCAAGCAGCAAGACCAGACUAAUUGGAGGUCUCUUGCGCACGCCGCCGCGACUAUAUCAAACACGAUGUACGUCUCUAAAGCAGCAGACUACAUGAUUGGAGCAGCAGACACCAAGGUGAAGAAGUGCAUCCACCUGUGCAAGAAGUUCCUGAAAGUCACAGGUCUCUUCUUCGCUGUGGUCAGCAUCUUACUGUUUCCAUUAUUUGCAGUUAAAGUGUCUGAUGACGUGGCCAAGCUUACAGCACGAAACAGGAUUAGUGAGCUGCGAAUAACCGAGCUGGAACAAAUGUGUGUGCUCCCUGGGCAAAACUACUCUUUGGGAGAAAAUGGCCUAUUGAAGCCACCGACUCCACCAGGGAUGCCUGGGUCAUCUGGAAAGGUGGGGCUCAUCUUGCCUGGAAACCAGAGUGAAGUCGCUGGAGUUGCCGGCCCUCCUGGGCCUCCAGGGCCGCCUGGGCCCCCAGGAGAGAAGGGGCCCACUGGCAAUGUGUCUGCCGGGCCUCCUGGGCCCCCAGGAGAGAAGGGGCCAAUUGGGCCGGCUGGGCCUGAAGGAAAGGCUGGUAAGCCUGGCUCUAUCGGGCCUGCUGGGCCUCCUGGGCCACCGGGAGAGAAGGGGUCCAUGGGGCUGGCUGGUCCUGUGGGGAAGGCUGGUAAGCCUGGCUCUACCGGGCCUCUUGGGCCGCCCGGGCCACCUGGAGAGAGGGGGCCCAUGGGGCUGGCUGGCCCUGAGGGAAAGGCUGGUACGCCUGGCUCUACCGGGCCUCUUGGGCCACCCGGGCCCCCAGGAGACAAGGGGCCCAUCGGGCCGGCCGGCCCUCCUGGGGUAACUGGACAAAAUGGGCCCAAAUGGAUCGGAUGUCAAGCAUCGACGAAAGACUUCAACACAGCGGCCAAGACCUGUUGCCGAGAAGGCGGUACCCUUGCCAUGCCACGAAACGGCGGCUCCAACAUACGUAUAGCCUCCACGUUCCACGGCCGCACCGUCGACUUCUGGUUUGGUCUCCACGAUCAGCACAAAGAAGGACACUUCGAGUGGGUGGACGGCACCCCGCUUGGUAACUUUCACAGAUGGGCUCCAGACCAGCCAGAUGGCUAUAAAGAAGCUCCUUCCUAUGAAGGUGAAGAUUGUGCUGUUUAUUCGCGAACCGGGGGACAACCUUUCCGAUGGAACGACUUCCCAUGCUCCCUCAAACUACCCUUCGUAUGCGAGUUCCCCCUCAAGUAA